AUGGAUUUUCUGGCUGCUGAGCUUGCUUCAAAGCGGAAGGCAUUGGAGGAUCAUAAUGGCCGACCGAAGAAGUAUAUGCGGCGAGGAGAGGUAGAGGCUAUGGAACGGGAAAAGGAACUAGCGCGCAAGAAGCAGUUGCUGAAGACGGCUUCACCAGCACGAUCACCUGCACCCUCGGCCAGUCCCGCUCCAACGGCCGACACAGGAUCUCCCGCACCUGAGGCAGAGCCCAAAGCCGGCGGAGAAAUGGCGCAUUUGUCAACACCCGAAGUCAUUCGCCGUCUGCGACAAAAGGGUCAGCCAGUAACAAUGUUCGGAGAAACAGAACGCGAGCGAAGGCUGAGAUUGAGGGCUCUGGAACUCAUGGAAGAGCGGGGCGGUGAUCGGGCGGGACAAAACGAUUUUAAGCGGGCUUUGGAAGUACUCGAGAGUGCGGAAGGAGAGGCUAAAGCAAAGCAGACCGGGUCUGCGGCUGCGCCGGCACAUUGCGAGGCUAAGGGAGGGAAGGACGAAGGCAGGAAGAGAGAGCAGGAUGAUGAGGUGCAGUUGGAGUGGAUCAAGGACGCGAAGGAGAAGCUGUAUCCGGCGAUAUACUUUGCGCUGAAAAAGAAGCUGAAGGAGUGGGAGGUGGCUAUGGCAGAGCGACCAGAGAGUAUCAAACGCACAGCGCAAGGAAAGCUUGCAGCGGCGACGCAAGUUCAGUCUGCCGAGUACCUCAAACCGUUGUUCAAGCAGCUCCGAACCAAGACAAUGGACGAUGACGUGUUAGGCAAGCUCGCUGAAAUUGUAUACCACAUGCAGCACCGACAGUAUCAACGUGCGAAUGAUGCCUAUCUGAGGUUGAGCAUCGGGAAUGCUGCGUGGCCGAUUGGGGUCACUAUGGUUGGUAUCCACGAGCGUUCUGCAAGAGAAAAGAUCUCGACCGAUCAGGUGGCGCAUGUGCUUAACGACGAAGUCAGCAGGAAGUAUAUCCAGAGCGUGAAGCGAUUGCUCACGUUUGCACAAACCAAAUAUCCACCGGAAGACAUUUCGCAGCUCAUGGGUUGAGAAAUCGCACUUGACUACCAUAUUCAUGUUGUAUUCCCUAACACACUGUGCUAUUACAUCGCAUUCUCGCAUUCUUCGAAUCAUCCAGAACUCCUCAGAAUGACGUCCACCCACCGUCGGCGACGAUGAUGGACCCGCUGAGUGACUUGCUCGCAUCCGAGCACAGGAACACGGCGACGCCAGCUAACUCGUCCACGUCGACCGUAUUCGGCUGCAUCGCCAUCGUCGUCAUCGACAAGUUCAUGUUCUCCUGAUGAACACCGUUCUUGAACGCGUCCUGUAUGUUCGUGCCAGGUAUUGCACCGGGGCAGAUGACGUUGCACCGGAUGUUCUGCUUGUGAUAGGCAGCAGCGGUGUUUCUCGUCAGGCCGAUGACGGCGUGCUUGCUUGCCGUGUAGGCCGCCCCAGCACGGUUCCCAAAUAGUCCACCGAUGGAGGCAACGUUCAAGAUCACUCCUCCCGGCGUCUGCUUGGCCGAGAAAUUCUUGAUCACCGCGCGGCUCAUCAGCAUCGACCCAGUAAGGUUGACAGCUAUGACCUUGUCCCAGUUAUCGGUAUCAACGUCUCCGGCAGGUGCAAAGUUGUCCAUGACGCCCGCGUUGUUAACGAGGAUGUCCACAUGCCCAAACUUGGCCACCGUCUCCUCUACGAUCUUCUGCACGCUCGCGUCGCUCGUGAUAUUCCCCUCGAUCGCGAGCGCGUCCUCGCCUAGCUCGGCAGCAGCACCAGAUAGGUACGCAGUGUUGAUGUCCACUAGGACGACCUUGGCGCCUGCGGCAAGGAAGGCUUUGGAAAUGGCUUUACCGAGCCCACCGCCGGCGCCAGUG